AUGAAGUGGCUGCUGCUGCUCAGCUUGGUGGCGCUCUCUGAGUGCCUUAUCUACAAGGUUCCGCUUGUUAGAAAGAAGUCCUGGAGGAAGAACCUGAUCGAGCAUGGCCUGCUGGAGAAGACGCAUCCCCGCAACCUAGCCAACAAGUACUUCCCCAAGGAGGCUGCCACCUUGGCACAUGUUGAGUCCAUGGAGAACUACUAUGAUGAGGAGUACUUUGGCACCAUCAGCAUCGGAACCCCUGCUCAGGAUUUCACCGUCAUCUUUGACACCGGCUCCUCCAACCUGUGGGUGCCCUCCACCUACUGCUCCAGUCUCGCCUGCACCAACCAUAACCGCUUCAACCCUGAUGACUCCUCCACCUACGAGGCCACCAGUGAGUCUGUCUCCAUCGAAUAUGGCACCGGCAGCAUGACAGGCAUCCUUGGAUAUGAUACCGUCAAGGUUGGAGGCAUCGACGACACCAACCAGAUCUUUGGCCUGAGUGAGACGGAGCCCGGUUCCACAUUUUACUACGCUCCCUUCGAUGGCAUCCUGGGUCUGGCCUACCCCAGCAUCUCCUCCUCCGAUGCCACACCUGUCUUUGACAACAUAUGGGACCAGGGGCUGAUUUCCGAAGACCUCUUCUCCGUCUACCUGAGUUCUGAUGACGAGAGUGGCAGCGUGGUGAUAUUUGGUGGCAUUGAUUCUUCUUACUACACGGGAAGCCUGCACUGGGUGCCUGUUUCUGAUGAGGGUUACUGGCAAAUCGCCGUGGACAGCGUCACCAUCAACGGAGAGACCAUCGCUUGCAGCGAGGGCUGCCAGGCCAUUGUUGACACUGGCACUUCUCUGCUGACUGGCCCACCUUCUGCCAUUGACAAUAUCCAGAGCUACAUUGGAGCCACUGCAGGCUCCUCCAGCGAGGAGGUGAUCAGCUGCUCAGCCAUCGACAGCCUACCCGACGUCAUCUUCACCAUUAAUGGUGUUGAGUUCCCCCUGCCUGCCAGUGCCUACAUCCUAGAGGAGGACGAGUCCUGCAUCAGCGGCUUUGAGGGCAUGGACCUCGACACCAGCUCUGGAGAACUCUGGGUCCUGGGUGACGUCUUCAUCCGCCAGUACUACACCGUCUUCGACAGAGCCAACAACCGCGUCGGCCUGGCUUCUGUGGCCUAACCUUAGUCUUUCCAGCCACUUCCCAGGAAGAUCCUACCUCAGUCAUGUGCCCUCU